AUGGGUAUCUGCAACUCUUGCUGCAGAGGCCAGAGCCGUGAUGGCCUUUACGAACCGGUUCUUGCCGACAGCGAGAGGGAAGCUGUAGCUGACCUGCUCCAAUAUCUCGAGAAUCGGGGCGAGACAGACUUCUUUUGCGGCGAGCCUCUUCGUGCCCUCAGUACCUUGGUCUUUUCCGAGAAUAUCGACUUGCAACGCAGUGCCAGUCUCACCUUUGCCGAAAUCACAGAAAGAGAUGUACGCGAAGUCGACAGGGACACAUUAGAGCCCAUCCUGUUCCUCCUCCAGAGCCCAGACAUCGAGGUCCAAAGAGCGGCAAGUGCAGCCCUGGGCAACUUGGCUGUCAACACCGAGAACAAGGUCCUCAUCGUCCAACUAGGAGGCCUGACACCCCUAAUCCGACAGAUGCUGUCGCCCAAUGUCGAAGUUCAGUGCAAUGCCGUUGGCUGCAUCACCAACCUUGCAACCCACGAAGAGAACAAAGCCAAGAUUGCUCGAUCUGGCGCCCUUGGUCCUCUCACCCGGCUGGCCAAAUCCCGCGAUAUGCGUGUCCAGCGGAAUGCCACUGGCGCACUGCUCAACAUGACGCAUUCUGAUGAGAACCGCCAGCAGCUGGUCAACGCUGGCGCCAUCCCUGUUCUCGUCCAGCUUCUUUCUUCUGCCGACGUCGAUGUCCAGUACUACUGCACGACUGCUCUGAGUAAUAUCGCCGUCGACGCGAACAACCGGAGGAAACUCGCUUCGACCGAACCCAAGCUUGUCCAGUCUCUAGUCCACCUCAUGGACUCGUCGUCUCCCAAGGUCCAGUGCCAGGCCGCUCUAGCUCUCCGAAACCUGGCCUCGGACGAGAAAUACCAGCUAGACAUUGUGCGCGCCAACGGCCUGCAGCCUCUCCUCCGACUCCUCCAGUCCUCGUACCUCCCACUCAUCCUCUCGGCCGUUGCCUGCAUCCGCAACAUCUCCAUCCACCCUCUGAACGAGUCCCCCAUCAUCGAGGCCAACUUUCUGAAGCCGCUCGUCGACCUUCUCGGAUCGACCGACAAUGAAGAGAUCCAGUGUCACGCCAUAUCGACCCUCCGAAACCUCGCCGCAAGCUCCGACCGCAACAAGGCCCUCGUUCUCGACGCUGGCGCCGUUCAAAAGUGCAAGCAGCUAGUGCUAGACGUCCCCGUCACGGUGCAGUCAGAGAUGACGGCUGCCAUUGCCGUCCUAGCUCUAAGCGAUGACCUCAAGUCUCACUUGCUGAACUUGGGUGUCUGCGAUGUCCUGAUUCCCCUCACGCACUCUGAGAGCAUUGAGGUUCAAGGUAACAGUGCCGCUGCCCUCGGCAAUCUCUCGUCAAAGGUUGGCGACUAUUCCGUCUUCGUCCAGAACUGGGACGAGCCCAACCAGGGCAUCCACGGAUACCUGGAGCGGUUCCUACAAUCAGGCGACGCCACGUUCCAGCACAUUGCUGUCUGGACUCUCCUUCAGCUCUUUGAGUCGGAAGACAAGACUCUGAUCAGCCUCAUAGGCAAAGCUGAUGAUGUCAUUGAGCACAUCCGAACCAUUGCCAACCGACAGGUAGACACGGAGCCCGCCAUGGACGAGGAGGAUGAGGGAGAGGUUGUCAACUUGGCCCAGCGGUGCCUGGAGCUCCUGGGCCAGAGCGGAAAUAAGACGCACAUUGAGGGCUGA